CGCGGGCGGCCGCCUUUUUGCGUUGCCGUUUCCCCCCGGCUUAGGAACCCUCGAAAAGACGCCUCACCAUCCUCCUUUGUGUCCUUGCUAACUAACUCCCCAUUAAAUCCUUCUUCCUCCCGCUGGGCGCUGCCCGCCCGCCCGCCCCUCCCCCCAGUUGCUUCAUAUGCUAGCUAGCUAGCUAGCUGGUCACCAGCCUGCUGCCCACACGUACCCAACGCUGUGCACGCGAACCGCCCGGCCGGCGGGAGCACCAACCGGGCCAGCAGCAGGAAAGCUAGCUAGCGCCACGACCGAGCAAGCUAGCUGCUCGAGCUAUUAGGUGCCCGCCGCCGCGCAAUUAAAGGAUCGGAGGAGAGGCUGCAAGGGAGGAGAAGGUCGUCGCCGUCGAUCGACACAUAUAUGCAGGGCGGUGGUGAUCAAGGAGGGAGCCUGGGCAUGGACGUGGGCUUCGCCGGCGGCGCCGAGUGCUCGUCGUCUUCGGCCACGGCGGCGGCGGCCGCGGCAGCCGCGGCGGAGGCGGAGGAGCGGCGGCUGCUCAAGGGGGAGAUCGCGGUGCACCCGCUGUGCGAGCAGCUGGUGACGGCUCACGUGGGGUGCCUGCGCGUGGCGACGCCCAUCGACCACCUCCCCCUCAUCGACGCGCAGCUGGCGCAGUCCAGCGGCCUCCUCCACUCCUACGCCGCCCACCACCGCCCCUUCCUCUCCCCGCACGACAAGCACGACCUCGACUCCUUCCUCGCGCAGUACCUGAUGCUGUUGUGCUCGUUCCGCGAGCAGCUGCAGCAGCACGUCCGGGUGCACGCCGUCGAGGCCGUCAUGGCGUGCCGCGAGAUCGAGCAGUCACUGCAGGACCUAACCGGCGCGACACUGGAGGAAGGCACAGGGGCGACCAUGUCGGAGGACGAGGACGAGCCGCCGAUGCUGGAGGGGGCACUGGACAUGGGCUCCGACGGGCAGGACAUGAUGGGCUUCGGCCCGCUCCUGCCCACCGAUUCCGAGCGCUCCCUUAUGGAGAGGGUCAGGCAGGAGCUCAAGAUCGAGCUCAAACAGGGUUUCAAGUCAAGAAUAGAGGAUGUGAGGGAAGAAAUCCUUCGGAAAAGGAGGGCCGGGAAGCUGCCUGGGGACACCACCAGCAUCCUCAAGCAAUGGUGGCAGCAGCACUCCAAGUGGCCAUACCCCACGGAAGACGAUAAGGCGAAGCUUGUUGAAGAGACUGGCCUGCAGCUGAAACAAAUCAACAACUGGUUCAUCAACCAGAGGAAGAGGAAUUGGCACAACAACUCCCAGACGUCAACCCUCAAAUCAAAGCGUAAAAGGUGAUGGAGAUCGAGCUGCAUAAUGUAUACCUGAUACAUAUACCAACAACGCUAAUCAAACGGAGCUGGACCAUGGUGACUCUCAAAAAAUAAAAGAGGAUCGACCGAUUCAACUGUAUAUCUAGUCAUUAGUCAGAGGUGACAGUUUCAUGACACACACACACACUAGUCUGACCACUGGCAUAUUUGUUUGCUGUGAUUUUUAUUUGAGCUCGUAUGCUCAAACCAUGCAUAUUAUUCUUGUUACUGUAUAGAUAUAGUUUGUCCCCACUGUACGUAUAUAAUCUGAUCUGAGGAUUAAUUCAUUCCCUGUGAAAAUACCAUCAUCAGCUGGCAGAAGGGGGGGAAAAAAGAGAAAGAUACUGCAUUCAUGUUUGUAAUUGUACUAAUUAAGCUGCUGUUACCUGGCAACAACAAUCUGCUGCAUUCAGAAAAUAUGGUGGUUGUUAAUCA